AUUCAUCAAUUUUCCAACACAAAUAAAGGUGCAUGGGGCAACGCACUCACCCAACAAUAAGGAAAAUGACGAUAAGAGUGAGGAAAUAAUUCGAUUGGUAGUACAAUAAAUUAUCUAUCACCCGAUUGGCCCAUCUGGUUGGAUUUCCUAGGGCUGGGGCAGAAAAUCUGGCCGAUUCCUUGAUGAAAUCAUCCAAAGAACGAAGAGGAGGGAUUUCAAUAUCAUCCAUGAUUGCGAUGUUGACGUCAAAUUUCACGAGCGCCAGCUCCGGCAGCAGUCGGAGAACAUUUGCGACUAGUAUCUCUGCCAGAACUUGUGGGGGAAACUUCUGCUAAUAUUCAUGUCAAACUCUCCACAAAGGACUUAUUUUGAUAUUUUUGAUCAUCCAAAAUACAUUCUAUAGCUUCUGAACUUUCGAAUAGUAUCUACAAUUUGUAAAAAUGGCGGAAGAACCGAUGACAGUGGACAGUCCAGAAACAGCAGACUGGUCAGGACGAUGGACACACAUCAGAAAACUAUUGGAAAGAUCAGGACCUUUGGCUACUCCAGAAUUUGAGCCAAGUUCAGAGCUUCUUGGUAUCAUGUUGGAGCAUCUGAAAGUCUUGGUGAUUGGGGCUGGAGGUCUUGGUUGCGAGAUUCUUAAAGAUUUGGCCUUGAGUGGUUUCCGCAAUAUUGAUGUGGUCGACAUGGAUACCAUUGACCUGUCAAACUUAAAUAGACAGUUUUUAUUCAGAACCAAGGAUGUUGGUAAAGCAAAGGCAACGGUAGCAGCUGAUUUCAUCAAUGACAGAGUUGCAGGCUGCAAAGUUACACCUCACUUUGAUAGAAUAGAAAGUUUUGAUGAAUCUUUCUAUAGACAAUUUCAUUUGAUUAUAUGCGGCCUAGAUUCCAUUGUUGCCAGAAGGUGGAUGAAUGGAAUGCUGCUAAGCAUGGUUGGCUACGAUGAUGAAGGAAACAUGGAUCCAGACACUAUAAAGCCUAUGAUAGACGGUGGUACGGAGGGGUUCAAAGGUAACGCUAGGGUCAUCAUGCCCGGGAUGACCCCUUGUAUCGAGUGCACUCUUGACCUUUACCCUCCUCAGGUAAAUUUUCCUAUGUGUACAAUAGCCCACACUCCAAGGCUACCAGAACAUUGCAUCGAGUAUGCAAAGGUUUUACUCUGGCCACAGGAAGAACCAUUCGGUGCUGGUGUAAUCAUUGAUGGAGAUGACCCUUCGCACGUUCAGUGGAUCUUUGAGAAGGCACAGUUGAGAGCUGAUGAGUUUAAUAUCAACGGGGUUACCUACAGGCUUACACAAGGUGUUGUGAAGAGAAUAAUCCCAGCAGUAGCGUCAACCAAUGCAGUCAUUGCAGCGCAAUGCGUCACCGAAGCUUUCAAAAUUGCAACAAGUUGCUCCUUCCCUUUGAAGAAUUACAUGGUCUUCAAUGACACAGAUGGCUUAUACACAUACACAUAUGAGGCUGAAAGAAAGGAAGACUGUAUGGCUUGUAGUAGAAAAACUCAGACUCUAGAACUACAACGUGAUGCUACAUUACAAAUGCUAGUCGACCAUCUCACUGAAAGUGCCACAUUACAAAUGAAAGCACCUAGCAUCACAACGACCAUAGAUGGAAGGAAUAAAACCCUUUACAUGCAAAGUGUGGAGUCUAUCAGGAAAAGAACAAAGGAAAAUCUACCAAAGAAAUUAACAGAACUUGGACUGUCCAGUGGCAAUGAAUUAGCAGUUGCAGAUGCUACAACUCCUUCCUGUCUAAUCUUCAAACUCAAACUCACUGAAAAAUGAGAGGUUAUUGAAACAGUCUAUAGAUUUAACAUGAAUUGGCAGGCAAGCCAGGAUCCGAUGACCGGGUAAUUGUACUUCUCUCCAGUGCUUUGAAACGUUGUUGCAAUGUAAAGCGCGAUUUAUAAAGCGGAAUAAAUACUGUUAUUAUUUUGGUAUGUCUGAGAAUAUGUCCCAUUCUCGGUCUGAAAUGAAAACAAAUUAACUUUUAUGAAGAUGUCACCUUGUAACCAUGGGAACUGUUUGUAUGACAUGUAGUUGAGUGGACAUAGAAAUGUUUAUUAAAGGAUUAUCUGUUUGUUUUAUGUGAAUGCUCAGAAAGCUUGAAUGCUUGUAUUAAAGCAACCAGAAGACAGAUGGCUUGGAUCAUUCGUGAGGGUCAGGGUAAUGAGGAAUGAAGCUUUCUCAAAGAACAUUAGCACAGUUACUUAGUUUUGGACUAAGGUUGCAGGAAUAGAAGACCACCACUGUACCAAUAGAACUUGAAGGAAAAUGGAUGUGUUCCAAGGUGCUUUAAUUAUCUCUAUGCAAAUGUAUGAAUGUAUGAUGGAUCAAGUAGUUAGAAGAACAGAGUUCACAAAGAAUACCCCUUUGGAAUUGCAUAGGCUGCAUUCCGCUGCAAUUUAUUCAAUCUGUGGAAGAAACAGAAAUACAUGGAUCAAUAUUUAUCCAAUAUGUGUGCAGAUAAAUGCUGACGUUUUUUAAGUUACAAUGACAUCAAUUUAUUUGAUAGACAGGAAUAACCGUCGUUUUGGGGGAUUUCUCAAAAAAUUUCUGACAUUUCACUGUCAAUCCCCGUCCAUCAACGGUAGUACGUUGGUGCGAGCUUGCAGGUGUAAUCAUGUCGCCCAAUUCGGGCCUAUAUGUACUGUCUAGACUUCUCUAUCUAAUUUACAGUAUAUCACUAUAGAAACUACCUAACUACUCUCUUGAAUAUAUAAAGAAUCUAGACAUAUGAACAAAAAGAUUAAAAAGUGUGGAAAUACUACGUUACCAGACCUGCCAACCAGUACGUUUUAGCCGUAUUUAGUACAUUUUUGCAACCAAAAUACGGCAGUACGUUUUUUUUGUUUUGUUACUAAAUCGUAAUUUAUUGAGAAAAAUAAUCUCUAUAUGUCUCUAUUUCAUAAAACGUACACAAAUAUGGUUAUUAGAUCAAUGUAAUUUCAGGUAACUUGUUUUUUUUUUUCAUCUGCAAGAGCAGUGCGCAUUUUAGCUUGCAUGCAGCUUGAGCGCCGCGAUGAGCGAGUGUGCCAAGCAUUUUAUUAUGAAAUACACUUUUGUGGGGAAAAAUACAUUUUUUUUAAUCACAGAAUACAGUUUUUCAUUCCCAGAGGUUGGCAGGUCUGCAUAUUUAUCUCACACGGUAAAAAUACUGAUUUUUUUUGUCAAAAUACUGAUUUUGGGGGAUAAGAAUACUGAAAAUGCAAAAUACAACUUGGCAGCUCUGCGUUACCGAUGAUAUAUAUAAAAGAAAACAUGUAUAUAGUAAGUCAAUCCAGUAAGACCAGUUGAACAACCGACAAGACCAGUAGGAAUUGCCAGUAACACCAGUAAGAUAAAUGGAGUGGAUACCAGUAACCAGUUAUCCCAUUGAGACCAUUAACAAACUCUAGAAAUCAAGACCUAGAUAGAAAAUGAUGAAUAAAUACAUUAGAAACUGACAUUGUCAAAUCCCCCCAAACAAGAGAAAAAAGCCAAACAUUACCCACCUUAUUUCACCACACAGGGGUUACUAACUCAGGACAAGGUUAUAUCAUAGCCUUGUACAUUGGAUAAGUGACCUAGACUAAGUAUAACUCUAGAUCUAGUACAACUACAAGUUAGAAAGAAUUGUCGAGCUCGCGCACCAUCAUUUUCGUGAAAGUAAAACAAACACACAGAAAGGCAUUGGUGGGACCACAAUAUGAGUCUUGUCGCACAAAUUUCAUACCUCUCACUGUUGCUCCAAUACCAUUCCGUAUCAAGGCAAUAUAAAUAUACAGGCCAAUAUGCACAAGUAAUAUCAUUAUUUUCAUUUCAUCGGCUCAAAUACUUUCAAAAACUACUUACCGUCGGUUCUUCGGUAUUCGUCUCCAUCUUCGCUCAGACAGCAGCAGCAGAAGUGCAAACGAGAUCGAGAUUCUUAAUGUUUUUCUUUGCCGCUAGUUUGGGGCGGAGCCUAAUUGGUCAGUAGGCUCGUCCACUACGAUGUAAUAAAUAAAGCCGUCUGACAAGAUGUCAGACGGCCGCUGCGAGCUUCAUGAAACGGUUUUUGGUCAGUUCUGACAAGUUGUCAGACGAUGACGUAGUUGUCGGAUCUGACAAGAUGUCAGACAGGAAAUGUUCAUGAAACGCCCCCCUAAAAUUCCAGUUACUAUUCAAGACCAGUUUAAAGGGGCUUUCACACCAAAGGUUGCGUAGAGUUGCGUAGGGAGUAUGCGAAAAUUUGCUGCGUACUCAUCGGCGUAGUCCCUGCGUAGGGGAGCAUAGUGGUACGUAGAGUUGCAUAACUUGUCUACGUAGCGUUGUGUAUGGCUUCUUUGCGGAAACAAAAUACAGUAGGCCUAUAUCAUUCCCUGCUUUAUAAACUUCUCAAGCAACUCUUUGCUGCUGUCCGGAACACUGUACUGCUGUGAAGUAGGAUAAAAAUAUAAUGAGUUGUCUGUUAAAGGAGAAUGAAACCCUUGAAACCAGCUGAAUCCAUAUCAAAGAGAAAAAUCAAAGGAACACAUUGUUGAAAGUUUGAGGAAGAUUGAAUGAAUAAUAAGAAAGUUAUGAGCAUUUGAAUAUUGAGAUCACUAGUGCCAUGUAGAUCCUCCCAUCGGCAAUGCGACCAAGAUCUGUGAUAUCACACACGUACAACUCCCUCAUUACUUUAGUACUUAUUUCACUUAUAUUCUCACUUUUAUAGAGUCUAUCACAAGGUGAGGUGUUCUCUUUAUGAGAUGACAAGUACAGAGGUUUCACAACAUUAUAUCAUUGAUGAAUCGUUUGUCAUAUGAUUAGA